AUGCCCUUUGGAGAAUCUCUUCAACAAAUGCCGUUGUACUCUAAGUUUUUAAAAGAGAUGCCCACACAGAAGAAUAAGUACAUUCACAGUGAAAACAUCAUUGUGGAAGGAAACUGCAGUGCUGUAAUUCAGAGGAUUCUUCCACCUAAGCACAAAGAUCUUGGGAGUGUGACUAUUCAGUGUGCAAUUGGUGAAGUUUCUGUUGGCAAGGCUCUUAUUGAUUUGGGAGCCAAUAUUAAUUUGAUGCCGCUUUCCAUGUGCUGGAGGCUUGGAGAGUUGGAGAUAAUGCCAACUAGGAUGACUUUACAGUUAGCAGAUCGCUCCAUCACCAGACCCUAUGGAGUGAUAGAAGAUGUUUUGGUUUAG